AUGAUUGAUCAGGAGUUCUGCGAUGACGGCUACGGCAUUGGGCAUUACGUGGACGGGGGCGACGGGGCGAAGGAGGAGCAGGAGGCCAUCAUUGACCUUAUGCGCUUCGAUGACGGCUACGACUUGGGGCACUACACGGGGCUCCGGUGGCGGCUGCGGCGGUGCGGCUCGGGUGGCGGCGGCGCUGGUGGGGGCGUCGGCGGCUGGCGGAUGUGCAUGGCGACUCUCUGUAUGAUGAUGGUGCUUCGCUGCAGGGCUGAUUCGUUAUCGUGGACAGGCAAGAUGAUGAGGUUCGCAUUGGACUCGAUGUGUGUGCAGAACUGGGUGGCGAGCUUCUCCGACCUGAGGGUGACGACCGUCUUCGGUAUUAUGGUCCCUAUCAGACGUUUGCCUGCGCGGGCGACGUUCGCCGUGCCGACCCUCGAGGUGCGGAUCUUCCUGUGGUGCAAGAUAGUGAUCGUCCAGUGGGUCGGCAACAUGAUGAUCGCGAUCGGACGGCUCUUGGUGGAGUACGUGGCGCAAGGGAUGGUGUUUUGCAUCGCCUCUCUUCGGUCCCUCAGCGUGUUGCUUCUCGUUGCUUGCUCUUCGACUUGCCUGCGGCGGUCCAGGAAGAGGACGCCCGCGUUUACUUAG